ACAUAGAUACAGAGACACUUGUCAUCAGGAAGGUGAUCUCUCAGCACAACGGAAAAUAUCUCAAUGACUUGACAUGUUCUGGUUGUGAAUUCAGGCUACAAGGGGUCAGUGCUUGAAAAUGAGUCUCUCUGGUGAAAAAGAGGAGGGGGCCCUGCCUCUAAAAUGAGUCUCUGUGAGGAACAUGACUCCAAAGAUAAGAGACCAAUCCAGCAGGAGAGACCAGCCUCCCCUGUUCCCAGCUGUGUGUCCAUGAAGAGUGACUGGUCUAUGAUGCAACCUAUAUACUUUAGAGCGGGAGACUUUUCUACUGAACAAAGCCCAAUCAAGCAGGAGAGACCAGCCUCCCCUGUUCCCAGCUGUGUGUCCAUGAAGAGUGACAAGUCUAUGGGACCUCCUCUAAACUUUAGAGAGGGAGACUUUUCUACUGAACAAAGAAACCAACAGGAGAGAUCAGAGUCAGAGAUUCUCAGUGGUCAGUCUUCACAGAGUCAUCAAACAGGCCUGGACUCCAUAUUCAGUUUGCUUGAAGAGAAUAUUAUUAGAUUUGUGAAGAACGAGCUGAAGAUGUUCAAGAGGAUUCUUAGUCCAGAACUCCCAGAAGGCUUUGAGAGUCAGAAGCAGGAUAAGGAAGUGGUGGACCCUGAAGAUGAGAAGCAGGAGAGCAGUGCCAGAGAGGGGGCUCUGAAGAUCACACUGCACAUCCUGAGGAAAAUGAACCAGAAGCAGCUUGCUGACGCACUGGAGAAAUAUUCAGAUGAUCAUGCUGUGAUUUGCCAACGUGAACUCAAAUCUAAUCUAAAGAAGAAGGUUCAAUGUGUAUUUGAGGGGAUCGCUAAACAAGGAAACCCAACACUUCUCAAUAAGAUCUACACAGAGCUCUACAUCACAGAGGGUGGAACAGGAGAGGUCAAUAAUGAACAUGAGCUGAGACAGAUUGAGACAACAACCAGGAAACAAGCAAGGCCAGAGACUGCAAUCAAAUGUAACAACAUCUUCAAACCCUUAACUGGACAAGACAAACGUAUCAGAACUGUGCUGACAAAGGGAGUCGCUGGCAUUGGAAAAACAGUCUCUGUGCAGAAGUUCAUUCUGGACUGGGCUGAAGGAAAAGCAAAUCAGGAUGUCCAAUUUGUAUUUUCAUUGCCUUUCCGGGAGCUGAAUUUGAUGAAAGAGGACAACUACACUUUCAUUGAACUUCUCAAUCACUUCUCAAUGGAAACCAAACAAUCAGGAAUCUCCAACUACGACAAGUACAAAGUUCUGUUCAUCUUUGACGGUCUGGAUGAGUGCCGACUGCCCCUAGACUUCCAGAAGAACAAGAUCUGUUGUGACGUCACAGAGUCAACUUCAGUGGAUGUUCUGCUGACAAAUCUCAUCAAGGGAAAUCUGCUUCCCUCUGCUCUCCUCUGGAUAACUACCCGACCUGCAGCAGCCAAUAAGAUCCCUUCAGGGUGUGUUGACCAAUUGACAGAGGUACGAGGGUUCAAUGACCCACAGAAGGAGGAGUACUUCAGGAAGAGAUUCAGUGAUGAAGACCUGGCCAACAGAAUCAUCUCACACAUAAAGACAUCAAGGAGCCUCCACAUCAUGUGCCACAUUCCAGUCUUCUGUUGGAUUUCUGCAACAGUCCUUGAACACAUGCUGAAACAUAAGAGAGAAGAGAUGCCCAAGACACUGACUGAGAUGUACACAAACCUUGUUGUGUUUCAUACCAAACAGAAGAAUGAAAAGUAUCUUGGGAAAGAAGAGACAGGUCCACACUGGAAUAAAGAGAGCAUUCUGUCACUGGGAAAACUGGCUUUUCAACAGCUUGUGAAGGGCAAUCUGAUUUUCUAUGAAGAAGACCUGAAAGAGUCAGGCAUUGAUGUCAAUGAAGCCUCAGUGUACUCAGGAUUGUGCACACAGCUCUUUAAAGAGGAAUGUGGGCUGUACCAGGACAAGGUGUACUGCUUUGUUCAUCUGAGUAUUCAGGAGUUUCUGGCUGCUGUAUAUGUGUUCCUCUCAUUCAUCAACAACAAUGAGAAUCUAAUGGACAAAUUUCAAACAAAAGACGAACCUGAAGUUACUUUCUACAAGAGUGCUGUGGAUAAAGCCUUACGAUGUGAGACGGGAAACCUGGACCUUUUCCUCCGCUUCCUUCUGGGCCUCUCACUGGAGUCCAAUCAGAAGCACUUACGAGGUCUACUGACAAAGACAAGAAGCAGCUCACAGACCCAUGAAGAAACAGUCAAGUACAUCAAAGAGAAGAUCAGGGAGAAUCCCUCUCCAGAGAGGUGCAUCAAUCUGUUCCACUGUCUGAAUGAACUGAAUGACCAUUCUCUUGUGGAGGAGAUCCAAAGAUACCUGAGAUCAGGAAGUCUCUCAAAACCCAACCUGUCACCUGCACAGUGGUCAGCUCUGGUCUUUGUGUUGCUGACUUCAGAAAAGGAGCUGGAUGUGUUUGACCUGAAGAAAUACUCCAGAUCAGAGGAAGGUCUUCUGAGGCUGCUGCCAGUGGUCAAAGCAUCCAGAGCUGUUCUGCUGUCAGGCUGUGGAGUCACAGAGAAAGGCUGUGCUUCUCUGGUCUCAGCUCUGGAGUCAAACCCCUCACACCUGAGAGAGCUGGACCUGAGUAACAAUGACCUGAAGGAUUCAGGAGUGAAGCUGCUCUCUGCUGGACUGGGGAAUCCCCACUGUAAACUGGAGACUCUGAGGCUGUCAGGCUGUCUAGUCACAGAGGAAGGCUGUGCUUCUCUGGUCUCAGCUCUGAGGUCAAACCCCUCACACCUGAGAGAGCUAGAUCUGAGUAACAAUGACCUGAAGGAUUCAGGAGUGGAGCUGCUCUCUGCUGGACUGGGGAAUCCCCUCUGUAAACUGGAGACUCUGAGGCUGUCAGGCUGUGGAGUCACAGAGGAAGGCUGUGCUUCUCUGGUCUCAGCUCUGGAGUCAAACCCCUCACACCUGAGAGAGCUGGAUCUGAGUAACAAUGACCUGAAGGAUUCAGGAGUGAAGCUGCUCUCUGCUGGACUGGGGAAUCCCCACUGUAAACUGGAGACUCUGAGGCUGUCAGGCUGUCUAGUCACAGAGGAAGGCUGUGCUUCUCUGGUCUCAGCUCUGAGGUCAAACCCCUCACACCUGAGAGAGCUGGACCUGAGCUACAAUCACCCAGGAGACUCAGGAGUCAGACUGCUCUCUGCUGGACUGGAGGAUCCACACUGCAGACUGGAGAAACUCAAUGUGGAACAUGGUGGAGAGAACAGAAUGAAACCUGGGCUUAGAAAAUAUGUCUGUGAUCUCACACUGGACCAAAACACAGUAGACAGACACCUCUCUCUGUCUGAGGAGAACAGAAAGGUGACAUGGAGGACAGAGGAGCAGCCGUAUCCUGAUCACCCAGAGAGAUUUGAUGGCUGUGGACAGGUGCUGUGUAGAGAGGGUCUGACUGGGCGCUGUUACUGGGAGGUAGAGUGGAGUGGAAGAGGGGCGAGAAUAGGAGUGACAUAUAAAGGAAUCAGCAGGAGAGGAGGGGUUAAGGACUGUUGGCUUGGAUGGAAUGACAAGUCCUGGUGUCUGUUCUGCUCUGACAACAGUUACAGAGUCUGGCACAAUAAUAAUCUCACUACUAUAGACGUUCCCUCCUCCAGCUCCCAGAGAGUAGGAGUGUAUCUGGACUGGCCAGCCGGCACUCUGUCCUUCUACAGAGCCUCCUCUGACACACUGACCCACCUGAUCACAUUCACCUCCACAUUCACUGAGCCACUCUAUCCAGGGUUUAGGGUUUAUGAUGAUUCCUUUGGGAUUUGGGACUCCUCAGUGUCCCUGUGCCAGUGAUGCACACACACACACUGACACACUCACACACAGACACACACACACUGGACGGACACACACACUGGACACACACACACACUGGACACAGACACACACACACACACACACACACACACACACACACACAGACACACACACACACACACACACACACACACACACACACAGACACACUUUGGACACAAACACACACACACACACACAUUGGACACAUGCACACACAAACACAGACACACACACACACACACACACACACACACACACACACACACACACACACACACACACACACACACACACACAGACACACUUUGGACACAAACACACACACACACACACAUUGGACACAUGCACACACAAACACACACUGGAUACACACAUUGGACACACACACAUAUUGGGGAUACACACGCUCUAGUGCACACAUACACACACACACACACACACACACACACACACACACACACACACACACACACACACACACACACACACACACACACACACACACACACACACACACUGACACACACUGACACUCACACACACACAUAGUGGACACACAUACACUGUACACACACUCAGACUGGACACACACACACACACACACACACACACAUAUAGGCGUUUUCAAAAAACAUAUGCCGUUCAGGGCACCAGUCUAGGACCAGUGGUUGCUAGGCAGUUUCUGGAUCCCAGGUUCUAGAACAGUUUCUAUCCCAGUUCUAUCUGCCUGUUAAAUCAGUUUCUGGACCACAGGUUCUAGAACAGCAUCUAUCCCAGUUCUAUCUGCCUGUUAAAUCAGUUUCUGGAUCUCAGGUUCUAGAACAGCUUCUAUCCCAGUUCUAUCUGCCUGUUAAAUCAUUUUCUGGACCACAGAUUCUAGAACAGCAUCUAUCCCAGUUCUAUCUGCCUGUUAAUUCAGUUUCUGGACCACAGUUUCUAUCCCAGUUCUAUCUGCCUGUUAAAUCAGUUUCUGGAUCACAGGUUCUAGAACAGUUUCUAUCCCAGUUCUAUCUGCCUGUUAAAUCAGUUUCUGGACCACAGGUUCUAGAACAUCUUCUAUCCCAGUUCUAUCUGCUUGUUAAAUCAGUUUCUAGACCACAGGUUCUAGAACAGCUUCUAUCCCAGUUCUAUCUGCCUGUUAAAUCAGUUUCUAGACCACAGGUUCUAGAACAGCUUCUAUCCUAGUUCUAUCUGCCUGCUAAAUCAGUUUCUAGACCACAGGUUCUAGAACAGCUUCUAUCCCAGUUCUAUCUGCCUGUUAAAUCAGUUUCUGGACCACAGGUUCUAGAACAGCUUCUAGCCCAGUUCUAUCUGCCUGUUAUAUCAUCAACCUAAACUGUUUUCAUCAGACUAUUAGAACAUGACUGAACCUUUUGGUUCCUUUUCUGAUCUUUUACCACUUUGCAUUUUUAUGAUAAUUUUACUGUUUGUGUUUGUACCACAGGAGGUUGGUGGGACCUUAAUUGAGGAGGACAGGCUUGUAAUGGCUGGACGGGAAUAAGUGGAAUGGUAUCAAACACUUGGUUUCCAUGUGUUCCAUUUCAUUCACUCUGUUCCAGACAUUAUUAUGAGCCAUCCUCCCUUCACCAGCCUCCUCUGGUAUGUACUGUCCUAUAUGUGAGAGAGAUCCAACAAGGAAUUACAAUGUAUGUAUUGCUUUUUAUACCUGCAAAUGGCAAAUAAACUACUAGAACUCCUUAUGAAUGUCUGCAGCUGACUAGACUGUUGGCGUCUGACAAGAGGUGAAAAUAUUACAGGAAUAUUCUGCAAAUGUUGAUGAAGACGUCACUCAAUCCCCCCAAAACAUCAUGCAGUCUUUCCACAAGACUCCCAUGAAGUUAUAGUGUGACGUUAUGAGUUGAUGUUAAAGUAACAUUCUCAGAACAUACUGCACUUAUUUUUAUACUGUUUUAGAUGGAUACUCUGUUUAUCAUCUUGUUUUAUCCUGUUUUAGAUGGAUCCUCUGUUUAUCAUCUUGUUUUAUACUGUUUUAGAUGGAUCCUCUGUUUAUUAUCUUGUUUUAUACUGUUUUAGAUGGAUCCUCUGUUUAAACAUGUAAACUCUUACAAUAACACUGUUAAAAUACCAAUGUGAUCAUUUGUUGUCUUUUAUGUUGAACAACAAAUUGUACAAUUAUAUAUGGCUUACGCGUUAUCGAUUCUUCAUUGCUUCUGCCAGUCGCAGGUUGAUGUUUGUCAUGAAUCUUGACCUGGAAGUAGAACUGCGAGAUUUCCUCUAGAUAUGCCAGCUGCAAAGUCAAAAUUGGCCUCUUUGCUGAACUACCUCCAGGGCAAGAUUCAUGACAAUAAAUGCCAACCUGCCUCCCAGUCAUCCCCUCCUUAUCUUUACAAGGCUGCAGAACAUGCAAGCUAGUGAUGUGGGGGUUCUCUCAUAACCCUCAGUCCCCAGGUGGGUAGAUGGCAGGUUGUAUAAAGAGAAGCUAGUGAUGUGGGGUUCUCUCAUAACCCUCAGUCCCCAGGUGGGUGGUAGGUUGUUAAGGGAAUUUUUUGAUCAAUAAUGAAUAAUUAUGUAUACAUUUCAAUCAGGACUGACUAAUCAGAAUACUAUUAUGUUACUGUAUAUGUAUGAAUUUUCAUUUUAAUCCUAGUACUGAAUAUAAUGUGUGUAAAUAUAAUCAAGAAUUAGAACAAUGACUGUCUGUUCCUUGGUAGAAAUGAUUGAACUUAUAGCCAGACUGGCUAGAAUGCUUAUCUACACAGGCAGACCUUGGCUCGGAUCAUAAAUUAUCUAAGUCUUGAGAACCAUAUAGCCAUUGUACUGGAGCAGAGAUGAGACUGGGUAGUACGCAAACUAAUGACAUCAUUUUCAGUUUAUAACCUGUGGUAAAAUGGGUAAUGGGCUCUCGUGAAUAAACACUGCUGAUUGACUUUAA